UUCAUCCCUCUUGAUCGAGAUCUUGACCAAGUUGUGUCUAUACCAGUGUGCUCCCUGAGCAUGGAAUCUUCAAAGAAGAGAAGGCGGUCUGUGAGAAAUAUAAGAAGAUCGUCAACUAACUUUCAAGUUUCACCAAAUACCCUUGGUGUGGAGGAGAAAGCGGCUCCUGAAGAAGGGUCCUUUACCGGAAGAACUUAUGGCAGUGUCUGGGUGGAGGAAAACGAAUCUACUUCUGAUUCAUGGGCUAAAAACUGUCUUGUCUCUUCUACCUACCAUACAAAAAAUGAGAUGCAGAAAGAGACCUCGUCUCCUGUCACCAAAGAGGAUAAUCUUGGAUUUCUCGUUGACAUCCCUGAUGUGAGUAUAAGCUGGCCAGGAGUAAAUCACAGUGAUGGAGAAGACAGACAUGGAAUGCAGCCCGGCUCAUCACAAUUUUCACUCAGACUAGGGGAAAAACCAGAGAGUGAUUCAAAAGAGAGCCUUCAAACUCAAACUUGGGUUGAAACAGAUACAGGAAUGCUGGAAAAACCCCCCGGUGAUGCUGAUGGUCUGUCCCCUGAAACAGCAAUAAAAACAGGAAAUGUUGAUUUGAACUCUAGAUUGGAUGAAACAUUUGUCUUGGAAAGGGGUUGGAGACCAGUAAGAACUGUUGAAAGCUUAGGUUUAUUGUGUUCCAUUCAGCCAAUAGAGUCAAAUGUGGGUCUUUCCAGCAAUGCCAUUUCUGGUAAGACUUCAGACAACCUGUCAUAUUCACACAGUUCGUCUCCCUGUGGACCAUCUCAUCAUCUCGACUUGGUAUCCACAGACUCAAUUCCCCUCUCAUUUGCUGAUGUAUCUGGACAGAGCUCACAUUGUCUACCAGUUCUAGACUGUGGGGCAUCUACCAGCAGCUUCUUUGUUCCGGCAGAGGCUGGGACCACUUGCUCGUCUCAAUACAGUCACAAUUACUCAGAUUUCAGUUCACCAGAACUUUCAUUAAGACUUGAAGCUUCUCUCUCAGAUAGCCAAGUACCAUCUGAUUUGUUAGUGGCUACGAAAACCCCCACUCUGAACCAGGCAAUAUGCUGUGAAUAUGAAAGCAGCAAUAUGACACCUGACAGCUCAAGGAAAACUUCUUUUGAGGAAACUGAUUUUGAUAGUGUUUGCAGGAUCACAGGUCGUGAUGCUGCAUAUGGUGAAACAAAGAAUACAUUUUCACAUUUUUCUGUGAGUGGUAAAGAGCAAGAACUGUCAGGUGUAUCCUCAAGUUCUGAAAGUGAACAUGAUAAAGCUUUAACAUCCUUGUCAUCCACCGUUUUAGGUGCCAGUUUGACAUCAGUCAUUCAGGAACUCUCUCGAAAACUUCAAGCGAUGCAAACCAUGAACACUUGUGACAUGACAGAUUCAACUGCAGUCGCUGAACAAAAUAACUCUGCUUACAGAUCUGUUGCACACGCUGCAAUUAACAAGGAUGUAUGUCCAGAGUCACUUGUUUGCAGUCAACAGCAGCAGCAGCCUUCCAGUCAAAUUGCCAUAUUGAGUGCAACUGUGAGUAAGGAAUCCCAGGCAUGUAUCGGGUUAAAUGGUAAUAUACCUGAGAAUACAGGUAGCAAAGAGUGUGAAAGCUCACUGAGAAUACCUGUAUCUGGGAAGAAACAGGAAUGUAAAAAGAAUACUAAUCUGAAAGAUCAUAACAGGCUUUCACUGAAGAAAAAUAGGACUGAAGAUGGGAAUAAAGAAACAAGCUGUCAAAAUCCUAGUCAUUUGCCAAAGCUAAAAAGUAAUGUAGACUUUGAUAGGGAUGCAGAAAUGUGUGCUGAAUCUCAAGAGGUUAAGUCAGUAUUGAGUGUGUGUCCUACCUCUCAUGUUGCAGAGGAAAGUGAUGCUCACAAUUUAUUGAGUUUGCCCUCUGUCUCUUCUGAGUCUACAGCAGUGAAGAUCAAAAAGGGCAAUGGUGUAAAAAAGCACCCUUCCAAGAAUGGUCCAGUUUCUCAGAGUGCCAAGAAAAAGUCAAUGGUAUCCAGAGUAAAAAAGACUGCAAAGGCAAAAGGUCAUAAUGAAGAUGAGAACGACUAUCUUCGCAAUGACUUCGAAUUGAAAAAAGGAAAUGUUGAAUGGAGUAAGGAUAAUGGCAUUGCUUUAGAAGAAGUUGAAUGUUGUCCAAUAGUUGUGGAACAGAACCAAGUAUCUGAGUCUAAAGUUAGGAGACGGUCAUCAAGGAUGUUUUCUCCACUAGAAAUGCCUUUUAUAUUCAGCUCCAUAACUGAUAAAACCAGUUGUGGUGAAGAAACUGUGUCUUCACCUUCAGUCUUAGUAGAAAGUUCUGAAGUUCAAAGUGACCCAGCAGCAUAUGUGUGUGCGGAUUCAGCAUCUGUUAAGAUACAAGAAAGCAAACAGUGCUCUGAAGUAAAAGAGCACCAUCAAGAUGCUGAAUCUAAAGCUAGAAGACGGUCAUCAAGAAUGUUUUCUUCUCGAGAAUUUGUUUCUAUAUCCAGUCCUUCAAAUAAUAACACAGCUGUUGCAGGAAAGAGUUCAGCCUCAUCUCCAACUGCAGAUUAUGAAGUCCAAAGUGAUACUAUGCAUCCACAGACUGAUUCAGCAUACAUUGCAGAUCACCAUGCAACUGAGUCUAAUUUCCAACUCCAAUGGGAUGAAAAUGGUCAGAACUUAGAAAACAUUGAAAGAUGUGUAAACCAACUUGGUAAAGAUGUCGGUAUUACAAUGACGGUAGACACAUCGGAGGGAGACAGACUCCCUCUGAAAGGAAAGGACAGUAAUGUCAUGGAUGAGGUCUCUGAUAAUUUUCGAAGCCUUAGUAUACUAAACGAUUUGAAAACAAACAAUGCUAAAGAAAAGGGUGUCACAAAGAGGAAAAAAAGAUGCAAGUCUAGUCAUGUUUUACAGCCAUGUACAGAUGAUAAAGGCAUCAGUCUUGAAAAUGUUGAGGAGUCUUCUGACAACCUUUCAAAGCAAAGAUCAAAUGUAGUGAAAAGUGCCGGAGGUGACCACGUGGUGAGUGCUGCAGUUUCUCUUGACGCCAACAGUGCUUUUGAACAAGUUACAACUCUGCAUGAUUCUGCAGUUUCUGAUGCUAGUGAGUUUGAUAACAGUCUUGGGAAUAGUGGCGCGGAAUGGCAGAAUGAGCUGUCCACUUCUAUGAUCUCUUUGUCUGUGGAAGACAAUACUCCAGAAGAAGUCAUGGAGUAUGAACUUUUCCAGCUCACUCAGCAAGUGAACAAUGUCCGCCGUUCAACGCGCGUGAGGCCAAGCAGAAAAUCUUGGGAUCUUUAUCAGGCACCUGAUACCAAUAAUAGAAAAAGAGUAGCUAAAAAGCUGCAGCCUUCUGCAAAUACGAAUGAGGAAAAAGAUGGUUAUGAAUGUGAAGAGAAUUCUGAAUAUGAAUUCAAAAGCAGCAUUACACUAUCUUCAACAGAAAAUUUUUAUGCUGAUUCUGAAGAAGAAUCUGUAGGUGCUGAACUUGAAAAUUUGUACAAGAACAAAAAUUAUGUUUUGCCAGAGAACAGGAAGAAAUGGCAAACUAUAAAUGAAAACCCCAAAGGACCACGCUCUGUUUUCUCUGGGAAACCGACAGAUCGUCAUAUCCUUUUUGAAGAUAGGCCUUCAGAUAGCAAACUUAGACAAAGGCACUCAAAAGCUUUAAAGGUUUUGCGAGGCCACCCAAAAAGGCGCAUCCUGUCCAGUGCUCAAUUUGAGAAGACAAUGUCUAAGUUGAAAGAGCUGCUUGAUUCUCCUGAGAAUUAGUGAUUGGUAUACAAAAUGUUCCCAAAGGUAGCUGUACAGUUGGUCUUUGGUGUGUAGCAAGACUGUUGUUAAGUGACUUAUGUAUCAGGUUGGCUACAAGUACAUGUGUUUUUAUCUUAUUGCCAAAAGUUGGUGUUCUUUACCCUCUUUAGUACUCGGAAAUUUCUUCCUCAGCACUGAUGUAUUUUAUGUAUUCCAGGAAACAGCAGUUACAGAUUGUAAACUAAAUGUAGAAAUACCCGACAAUCAAACUCGGAAGGAAAUGUGAUUCCAAGCCUAUCAAAAACUGUGCAGCAUAGAAUGGUUCUUUAAGAAAUAUAUGCAGAUAUUGAAGCACCCUGCAAGUGCUUACAUGGACAAGCUGGAUGACUUUCUGUGAACUCUGGAGGAUUUUCAGUUACUGCAUGUUAUUUGUCUUUAAGUCUUUACUUCUCAAAAAAUGUUCAUGAAUAGAGACAUACACCCGCAAAGGUUGUUUUUUUUUAAACAUCGAUUUUUAGCUGAAUAUGUGAAUCUUGGAAUGUCUUAGCCUCUGUGCAAGGUCUGCCUGAAUCUAAAUUUGUACAAGUGUCAAUGUGUACACAUAGUGCCUGAGCCUUAUUCUUGUAAAAGAUACAUUGUUCAAGAAGAUUUUGUUUCUGUAUGUUGCCUUAUGUUUUCUUUACAAUUUUUUUUUGUAUGAAACACUAAUAUAUAUAUCGUCCCUCAAAACACGAACUAGCGUAUGCCACAUUUUGUUAAUUUUGCAGGAGAGAAGUUUAAAGAUUUGGGCGAUUUUCACUAUCCCAUUGUAGCGUCAAAUAGCUGAUUCUGCCCUUAAUAUUUUGACAUAACAUGGGUGGGCCAACUACUUUUCAAUUGGCUAGAAGCAUCUUAGUGAGAAUAGUAGGUUUUGAAGGAAAAAUUACCUUUUUGUUCGAUACGCUACAACGUGCUACGUCAAUGAAAGCCUCCAUGUGUGGCUUACAUUACUAGAUUGUUGGAUACGUUAGUACGUGCUUUUGUAUUCUAAAGCGUAUAUUAUACUUUAUAUACGUUCAUUGUGUGGCUUAUGCCUAAAUGGUAACUUCCAAAUAACAAUAAAAAUGCAAAGAAAGAUAAAUUUGGUUUAAAUUCACGGGCUGUAUUAUCCGAGACAAAUAAUGUUUACAGCGACUCGGAAUAUGAAGGCGUCAACUGUAAAUGAUUUUUAAAAGUAGUAACUCGCAGUUCCAUGAUAUUGUUCCACGAAAAUGAGUCUUCUGUAUCAGAUCCUCUUCGUGCGUCCAGGAUUCUGAAGUCCUUUGAUAAGCCUUUGAGAUCCAGAAAGACAUUAGACUGCAUCUGAUUCACCUGGUAAGGCUUUUGAGGUAGAGCGAGAGACAUCACUGUUGCUACCUGAGAAGGAGGGAACGAAUCCCCAGCCCUCUUCAGGGCAUGUCCUAUUGCACGGUGUGCAGAAACACCCUCGUUCUGACAAUGGUUUGUUUCAAAGAACCUCAAUGAAAUCUCUUCAAGAUUUACACUAUUGCUCACUGUAUACAAAAUCAUCGCUGGCGUAAUCGAAUUUUUGUUCUGACCACUGCAUCCAUCGGCAAAAAGAAAAGCUUUUUUGAUGCCACAGUCGUCAUAAAACUUCAGGGCACGGUGGACUGUAGUUGAAAUUUCCAAGGAUCCACGUUUGCUUUUGCGAUUCAUCUCAAGUGGAGCAGUGACAAUCUCUGUUAGCAAUGUUAUAUAAAGUCAGGUUGUAGUCGACAACUUCUUUUUGUAAAAGAUGGCACUCUCCUGAGACAUAGGGAGGUAAAUGACCUGCUGCAAAUCAAAACUUACACUGAGAAUGUUUUCACUUUCCUGAGGCUCUUUCUUGCACUUGCAUACGUCCUUUAUUUCCCUGACCUUUUUCUUUUUCUCCCACAUGGAUCUCAAACUUUUCCCUAAGACCUAUCUUUGUUUCUUCUUUUCCUUGAUGAUAAUUGUCACAAAGAAAGCACUGGUCUUUACUGGGUCGGUGGAUUGACAGAUUUUUACUUUUGAAUACAUAGUUGUAUGUAGUGAAGAUUGGUGGCCUUGUUCUGGGUAUCCAUUCCUGGAUGAACCUGUGGUACAUGUGUGUGGUACAUGUGUGUGGUACAUGUGUGUGGUACAUGAGUGUGGUACAUGUGUGUGGUAUAUGUGUGUGGUACAUGUGCCGUUUGCUGAGUUCAGGGCCCAGAUACUCUCUUGUUGAUUUUUCUCUACCGUAAUGAGAUUCGACUUUAGGAAAUCUGUCGAAGUGAUCUGAUAUUGCUUUGCACACAAAUGCAUCUCUUUCUCAUUCUGCCUCAGAUUGUCUCCCACUUCGUUUGUCCUCAGCUAUGCCAGAGGAAGUAACUUUGUUAAAUGCCGUUCUGGCACUCUGUUCUGAAAUGCCCAAAGAGUUAAAGAAAAACAAUUAUUAGACUGGAACAAAACUCUCCCCAACUGUACGCACGUACUGUCUAGUAUUACUUCUUCGUGAUUCGCCUUCAGUGUAUUUCCUCUUUGUUUUACAGCAUUUGACAUGCCUCACAAGAAACUCCCGUUUCAUUUUUAGAUCUCUAAGGGAGUGAUACGAAUAAAAAAUGGCCUGACUCUGUUCCUCA